AAAAAUCUGUCAUUGCUCAACCAAUAUUUAUUUUUGAAAAGAGAGAACAAACUUUUAAGAGACCUGCAGAUGAUACCUUGUGUGAAGCAGCAGAACAUGAAUGUAAUGGUUUAUCAAGAAAGCGUGCACGGUCUUCAUCCUUUACUCUGCAUACUAUAGAUUUUCAGUCUCAGGGAGUGUCAACUUUGUCUCAGAAGCGCCUGAGAUCUUCAUCCUUCACUGACUUCCCAACCUUCCCCCCUUCUGAGCCAGCGAGGAAAAACAAUGUUUUUAUGACAUCAACUGUUGUGCAGAGGAAUGUUGAUAUUAACAAUGAGAAACAAGGUGCAGUGAAACAUUCUGAACACAUUCUAAGACCUGCUAUUUUGCAGCCACCACAAGCUCAAAGCUGUGAAGAAGAAAGAAAAACAUGUGGGCCCAAUGCAUUGGAAUCCUACAAAAGUAAAGAAAAAACAAAGCAAAACAAGAAGAUUUCUGGGUGGAACUCCAAUUUGUUAAGUGAAAAUUUCCCAAGUGCCGGAAUUUCAAUCCAUUUGUCUACUAACCAGCAUUUUUUAGGUGCAGCCUCAGUGAGAUAUCAACCAAAUGAAGAUAAGUAUUCUUUCAAAAGUUGCACUUCUGACUUUGUUUUUGGAGAAAACAUGGUAGAAAGAGUUUUGGGCACUCAAAAAUUCAUACCACCUCAACCUGAAAAUAAUGCAUAUGUCAAGGAAAAAACAUUCAAAUCCAUUCUGAAAUUUCCUAUCAACUCUCCCAAUUCAAGAACAGAUUCUGUUAAAAAUACAUCCCUAAUUGAAUCAGCCGCUGCUUUCUCUUCCCAACCAUCACGAAAAUACUUGCUGGAGAAAAUUGAUGUUAUAACAGGUGAAGAAGCAGAACAUAAUGUGUUAAAGAUCAACUGCAAGAUUUUUAUAUUCAAGAAAACAACACAAUCGUGGAUUGAAAGAGGCAGAGGAACUUUGAGACUGAAUGACAUAGCAAGCAGUGACUGUGGAACACUAGAGUCAAGACUAAUUAUGCGUAAUCAAGGCAGUCUGAGGCUGAUCCUCAAUAGCAAACUCUGGGCUCAAAUGAAGAUUCAAAGAGCAAACCACAAAAAUUUACAAAUAACAGCUACUGAUUUAGAAGACUAUGGCAUCAAAGUAUUUUUAAUUCAGGCCAGUGCCAAAGACACAGGAUAUCUGUAUGCAGCAAUACAUCAUCGACUUGUUGCCCUUCGAAGCUUCAAUAAGCAGAAAGAUGUCAAUCAAGCUGAAAGGCAGUCAGAAACAGCCCUCCAACAACUAAACUGUGAAAGCUGUGAUGAUGAGGAGGAGGAUGACUUCGUCUGUGUCACUAAAAAUGAAUCAGAUCCUUCUAGGUGGACCCAUAGACAGUCAGUUGCCUGUUCAUGAGCACUACCUGCUAUAAUGAAAAGACUGACCAUCCUUUACUGAAGAGACUGAGCUGUCCCACCUAAAGG